AAUUUUAUUUAGAGCAUGAUGAACCCAGCCGUUAGCAGGAAGGCGGCACAACAACGUCAGCGGCGCACCUACAGAGUGAGAAGAGAUAUUUUCGCUGAGUACGACGAUGCUGAGUUACUGAAAAGAUUCAGAUUGGACCGUGCUGGUAUUGUUGCAGUGACUGAUAUAGUGAGAGACAAGCUGCAAAGUAAAACUGAAAGAAAUAGAGCCUUGACCCCUGAGAUGGUGGCCAUCACAUUACGAUAUUUAGCCACAGGAAAAAUGCAACAGUGCAGUUGUGAUGAUUUUGGAACAACGCAGCCCACUAUCAGCCGUGCAAUAUCACAGACAAUUGAUGCACUGGCUGACCCAGAAGUAAUCUGCCAGUUCGUGGCUUUCCCUCACACCCAGCGUGAAGUGCAGCAAAAACAGGCAGAGUUCAUGCAAGUAACUCAGUUUCCCGGUGUUGUGGGAGUGAUUGAUGGCACUCAUAUAAGAAUUGUGUCUCCUCAUGUCGAUGAACAUGUAUAUGUGAACAGGAAACGCUAUCACAGCAUAAAUGUGCAAGUAGUAUUUGAUGCUCACUAUAAGAUUCUUGACAUUGUGGCAAGGUGGCCUGGCUCAGUCAACGAUGCAAGAAUACUAGAUAAGUCAGCACUCAAACUGAUGUUUGAGGAACAACAUGUACCUGCAGGAUGCUAUACCUUCCCGGGGACAGUGGCUAUCCCUGUAAGCAGUGGCUCCUCACUCCUUACCUUCGCCCUCAAACUGUUGCACAAGCUAAUUAUAACAGUUCCAGUACCUUACGAUGCAGCCGAGGGGACUGACGCCACCACCACCACUGCCACCACCGCCACAACAAGGGUUAUUCAAAUGGGGAACAUGCUUCAGGUGUUGCCCCAAGAUGCCUCAGCCCCGCAGCCCCACUUCCCCAUGAUAGUGCAGGCAGGGAAUGUCAUACAGGUUGUUCCAGCUGACAACACGCAGGUAUUAGGGGCAGAAGUCGUUGGAGUUGGUCGGGUCAUGCAAGUGGUCGGAGUCCCAGGCUUUCCCCCGACCCCAGCCCCAGACCCAUGCCCCAGCCACCCCUCUCCCUGUGACCCCUGCCCAGUCAUCCCUCACCCCCUCCUGCCCCCCUGCGGUGCUGCCAGCGGGGGUGAUGGGAGGUGGAGGUGGGCCACACACACCUGGGUUAGCUGUGGCUUGGCUUAUCUCCCUCCUCAGCAGCAAAUCCCGAGGAUCAACGAGGACAUGGUGGACCCAGAGAUUGCAGCAGCAGCAAGAGAGAGAGAGAGAAGCAAGAGAGGAGGGAGAGGAAGGAGAGGAGGAGGAGAGAGAGGGAGGCCAGGAGGGAGGCACGUCAGAGAGAGAGGGAGAGGAAGAGGUUGAUUCUGUUACAACAACAACUGCAACAACAACAACAGUUAGUCAGUGAGGAGGGGGAGGGGCCGUCCUCUGAUGCUGAGGAUGAGGUAUUGUUCAGGGAGGCCAUGUCGGAGGUGCCGGUGGUGGGGUCGCCAGUUCCGGAGUACGAGGUGGAGGAGGAAAAGGAAGAGGAGGACGAGGAGGAGGCACGGAUAAGGAAGAAGAAAAGAUUAUUAGCUGUAGCCCUCCCUCCAGCUGAUAAGGGGAUAUUAAGGAGCCCUUCCUACAGGUUCGUUCGAUGCAAGGAGUUGGCACAGGAGGCGUCCGAGGCUGUGUAGAGCGGCCGUCUGAACCUGGUGCCACAGCUUACUAUGUUCAACAGAUGCCUGAAGGAAGUGUGUGUAAGGGAGGAUAAAGAGAUCAUGCUGGCCUAUGCAGACGAUGUCGCUGUCGUGACAGGAAGCCAACAAGAUCUUCAAGAGGCCAUGACAAGAUGGAAUGAUGUUUUAAAUAGGGAAGGAAUGAGAAUGAACAAACAAAAAACUUAUUUACUAGUGGACAAGCAACAAGUGAUGGUGUGGCUCUGAGCCACUGUAGUAGGGAUGUUAUGGUUUAAGUGUAGGAAGUUGCAAAUGCUCACCUAACAAUUGCACCUUAGUAGAAAAACACAAACAGGAAGUUUAUGCAAGUUUUUAUCCUUAUAUAAAAUGUUGUAUUGCAUCAAACCUCCAUACAUUACUGUCUCUAUCCAGUAUGAGACCGGUGUUCAGGAAGCACAAGCAUGUGCUGAAUAACAAGAAGCCGGCAUUGGUGAAGGUGACAACAUUUCAUCUAUUUAUACAUACUUUUUAUUAUUAAAGCUUAUCUUAUAAUUAUUUCUGAAGAGAUUGACUAAUUUUUGUAGUAUUUAUGACUUAGAACUAUGAUAAAGCUAUGAAUUGAUAUAAUUCCUGAUUUGUUUUAUCUUUUCAUUAUCCUUCCUUUGUUAAUUGAGCAUUUUAUAUUACUUAGCUUAAAAAUGCAAGAACGGUUCAGAAGUAUCCAACCUUGGGCUAAGGGCCAAAAUUAUGGUAUCAUUCAAAAUGUCCUUCAAAGAAAGCCCUCUGUAAUCCAACACACUUAGCCCAUUAAUCCUUCCAUUUCUCAUCAAUUUGUUCAACAUUCAUAUUUUUCCCUUAUAGGGUUGAACAAUUUUCAUGGGUUCAGAGCAAAAGGCUUCCUCAUUCCUCCCCAAGGUAUUCUCGGAUGGUAAGCAGGUUUGACUCUGGAGCAAACCUGACCAAGGGCUACUGCCCAAGGCUACAGAGGUUCCUCUCCCUGAGGCUGAAUGCACCAUGUGAGAUGGUUCUGUUAUGUGGAUGAAUGUCAUGGUGGAUAGCAGUGCCACCACAUUCCUACAAUCAUCCAUCACUCCACUGCUCAAACGCUUCUGCAACCAAUGAUAGGUAUGCUGCCACAUUCUGCAUGGUCUCCUUGGCUCUCAGAUAAGGAUACUGUCAACAGGUUUGGGAUUGCCAAAAAAUCAUAAGGAGCUAUGUCUGAAAAGUCCAGAGAGAGAGAGAGAGAGAAAGAAUGAGCAAGAGAAAGAGUAGGAUGAAGCAAAGGAAGAGUCAAGAGGGAGGAAGAGAGAGUAGGACAAGAAAAAACAGAACAAAUAAAUCCCCUACACGUCUUGUCUCCAUUCACACAAGCCAUGAAAAGCUUGUCCAUCCCUGAGUGCUCAGAAGCAGUGUUCCACUGAUGAUGUGGAAACUUGAGACACCCAAUCAUUUAAUGGGCUUUAGUAGGUUUUGUCACCAGUCUUCUGUGUGUCACUGACUACAUUUUGAAAUUUUUAUCUGUUCUAUUUAAUUUUGUGUGUAUGUACACAAUGUUUAUGGUCAAUAAACUAUUUAUAAAACUAUUUAUCUGUGUGAGUAAGAUAAAAGCAGUUAUUGUUAUUAUUAUUAUUAUUAUUAUUAUUAUUAUUAUUAUUAUUAUUAUUAUUAUUAUUAUUAUUACACAUUUUCCUCCUUGUAUUUAAAUAUUAUUAUUAUUAUUAUUAUUAUUAUUAUUAUUAUUAUCAUGAAUUGUUCUUGUUUAUAAAUAAAAUACUGUAACUGA